UUGAGUCAUGUUUAUUUACAAAAGAUUUACAAUUUGGGUGUUUUGAAAGAUCAUUUCCCACAAAUGUUAUCACGUUUUCAUAAGAGCUGUUUUGUGGUAUCUGUACAAAAAAAAAACUAGGAAAAGUUGACAAUUUGAGCUGAAAAUCAUGUGUUUGUUUGAAAUAAGUGGUUGAAAUGUGACCUAUUUGAGUGGAUGUGUGUGAAGUUAUGUUAAAUGUCAGGAUUCUUUGUUCAGUCAGUAGUCUAUAGUGUCUGUUGCAUCUGUUAGUUGUGCUGGGUGGGGUGUGUGACUGUCUUCAGCUUCCUUCCCCAACAAAAAUGGGCUGCAGAAAUCUGCAGUCAGCACACUCACAGCAUCAUCACCACCAGCAGCCACAGUAAGUACUCCCCACUGCAUUUUCACUUCAAUCAGCAUGAUGAAUAUUUGUAAGAAACAUAUCUGAAUGGAUUUCCAGUUUAGAAAAUCUAUUAAACUCUUGUUUGCUUGUGUUUUUAUCUUAAUAAAAUAAGUAGUAUUUCUUGAAUUUUAUUCAAAAACAAUCAAAUACCGAUUCAACACAAUUCAAAUUUUGUGAAUAUUGUGUAUCAUCAUUAAGGAAAAAGUGAAAUUUGAUACAUUUGUUUUGCUUUUUAACAAUAAAAUAUUUUCCUGCAUCACUGAUAUCAGCCUUAAGCGUAUUUCCUUCACGUGGUGAUUUAAAUGGCCCUUGCUCACUCAUCCUGCGUUAACCACAGCUAGGUGGAGACUCAGACACAUGACAACGGCGGGUAUUUAAGUGAUGCCUUUUAAAUGGAUCAAAGAACCUCAGUGAAACGUCUCAGAUCUGAAAGCCAGGGAAUUUUUUUCUUCUCAAUCUCACUUUCGCUCAAGAUGAAAUUGUACUUACUUCUUCUUUUUGUGAUUUCAGGUGUGUGUGUGGACACUGAGCUACACUGGUUAGAGUGUGCCGACAGCCUGUUUGGUUGUAGGGGUUUCCACACUAAUUUCCGUGCAGCUCGGUCAUCGACUGGAUUCAGCUGCCGCUAGCCUUGAUCUUCAGGGGCUCAGCUGCCACCAUGAGUGUCUUCUCCUCCCUCACCUCCUCGUCCUCCUGUCCCCACUUGUACUACAGUCCCCCCGGCAACACCACUUUAUCAAAUGAGACCGAUACACCCUCAGAGAUCAGCCAUGUGAUCCUGAGGCAUUACAACUACACGGGCCGCCUGCAGAACAGGACCAUCUCAAACAGCCAGAGCAACAUCGGCAUCACCAUGGCCCUUUUUCUAUUCUUCAGCAUCUUCAUCAUCCUGGAGAACCUUCUGGUGCUGGUGGCGGUUGUUUCACGCAUUCGCCGCAGCCGCCGCUGGGUUUAUGUCUGCAUUGCCAACAUUACACUCAGUGAUCUCCUCACUGGUGCUGCCUACCUGGCCAACAUCUGUAUGUCAGGUAGCCAGACGUUUCGCCUCACCCCUGCUCUCUGGCUCUUCAGGGAGGGACUUCUCUUUGUGGCCCUGGCGGCCUCCAUAUUCAGUUUGCUGCUGAUUGCUGUGGAGCGUUACACCACCAUGAUGAAACCACUGCCUCAGAAGUCAACCACAAAGACGUACUAUCGAAUUUAUGGCUUGGUGGCACUUUGCUGGGCCUUCGCGCUGGUGAUUGGCUUCCUCCCCCUGUUGGGCUGGAACUGUGUGUGCAGCCUGGCUGAAUGCUCCACCCUCCUCCCUCUGUACUCCAAAACCUACAUAUUUUUCUCCCUUAUUAUCUUCUUCCUCAUCCUUCUAGCGAUAGGAGUUCUCUACGGCGCAAUCUACUGCCACGUGCACCGGAGUGCCAAGCUGGGCUCUCAGCGCAGUCGCAAACGCUCCCUGAGUUUACUGAAAACUGUGAUCACCAUUGUAGGAGUGUUUAUGCUCUGCUGGGGGCCUCUGUUCAUGCUCCUACUGGUGGAUUUUUUCUGCAUCUCCCGCCAGUGCACACUGCUGUUUACCGCUGAUUUCUGCAUCUCCCUGGCCGUCCUCAAUUCAGGCCUGAACCCCAUCAUCUACGCCCUCGGCAGCAGCGACAUGCGGAAGGCCAUGGCUGAGCUGCUGUGCUGCUGCUGCCUGAGGGCCGGCCUCUGCCACCCCGACAAGUUCCUCUCUAAGGAGACCAGCAGCACCUCGGAGAGCAGGAGGGACAGUCUGAGGAACAGUUUCAACAAGGUCAGAAAUCUGAGCGUGGCCUCCCCUCCAUCAACCCCGAGCAAGCCUCGCAAACCGCCCAGAAAGUGCAGGCUGAGCACCACAACCAGCUGCCUGUCAGUUUCAAGUGGUUAAAACCACAACGCGCUCCCCUCCCAAGCAGACAAAACCGUGUGCACUGACACACUUCUGAGUGUUUCCUCUGAGUUUUGGUUUGAAUGCUCUCUGCACUGAUAGUAACAGGGUUGAAGGAACAAAACUGCAUUGGAAGAAGCCAUGUUGUUAGAAAAUGUUCUCUGAAUUUAAAACAUAUCACAGAUUAUUUUUCCUUCCUUUUGCCACACCAUGCCUUUCACCUACCACACAAAUCUGUUCCUGCACUGCAUACUUCUGUGCCCAGUCAGAGUUUUGCUCUGAAUGUUGAUGACUGCAGGUUUGAAUCAAUGUAAUUGUCUAACAAGGGAACAGCAUUCUUUGAUAAGUAGUUAAUUUUUGAGUUCUCAACAUAGGGAUGUUUAUCUUUUAAUAUUUUUCUCCCGUUCUGCAUGUAUUCAUCCUCCAGCACACCAGUAAUACAAGACAAUACGUAAUUUAACUGUUUUUUAAUUGAAGAUUGUUAUGUUUAAAGCCAUGUAUGAAAUUUUGAUGCUGUGUAAAGCCAAGUAAAAUAUUAAUAAAGU